CCUGAGACCAUGGACGAAGGAAAUUAUUCCAGGGUGGCUGAGUUUGUACUGCUGGGACUCUCCAGUUCUUGGGAGCUCCAGCAUUUCUUCUUCGUGUUGUUUAACUUCUUGUACAUCACCAUUGUUCUGGGAAAUCUCCUCAUUGUUCUCACCGUGAUUUCUGAACCUGCCUUGCACACACCCAUGUACAUCAUGCUUAGUAACCUUUCUGUUCUUGAUGUGUUUCUAGCUACUUAUGCAACCCCCAAGAUGAUCCAUGAUUUCCCUUAUGAACCCAAGACCAUCUACUUUGAGGGCUGCAUGGCCCAGAUAUUCUUGCUUCAUGUCUUUGCCGGUGGUGAGAUGGUGCGUCUUGUAGCCAUGGCAUAUGACAGGUAUGUAGCCAUAUGCAAACCCCUUCAUUAUGGAACCAUCAUGAACUUGUGCAAGUGCACAGGCUUGGUGGUAGGCUCUUGGGUUGUUGGGGUCGUGCACUCCCUGAGCCAGAUAGCUUUCACUGCAAACCUGCCCUUCUGUGGCCCAAACAUAGUGGACAGUUAUUAUUGUGAUCUUACCCUAGUCAUCAAACUUGCCUGCACAGAUACCUAUGCCCCUGAAGUGUUGAUGCUUUUGGAUAGUGGUCUCAUGGGGGUGACUUCAUUCUUGCUCCUUCUGAUCUCCUACAUGGUCAUCCUGCUCACUGUGUGGCGUCGUUCCUCAGCGGGCAUGGCCAAGGCCCGCAGCACUCUGACUGCCCACAUCACUGUGGUGACCCUUUUUUUUGGACCCUGUAUCUUUAUCUAUGCCUGGCCUUUCAGCAACUUCCCAGUGGACAAAAUUCUUUCUGUGUUCUCUACAGUUUUCACACAAAUAUUGAACCCCAUUAUCUACACACUGAGAAACAAAGGGGUGAAAUCAGCAAUGUAUAAACUGAAGAAAUGGUAUGUGAGUUGCAGGCUGCUACCCCAGUCCAUGAAGAAACAUGGACUUGCCUUUUCCUUGCAGCCACCAUGGUUUUAA